UGGUGAUUCAGGGAAUCUAGACGUGGAAAUAAGUUAUGUGGAAGCUUCUUUUCUCCCUUUAAUAGCUCAUACACUGCUUGAAGUUUUAACGGGCCAAAUCAAUGCAAAAAUUACUGUAACUAACAGGCGCUAGCGUCAAAUAUAUGGACGAAAUAUUUCAUCAUUUUCAAAAAUGUUUGAUGAUACGACCUUUUCAGGCUUUUUUCGUCCAAAACUGAAGGACCAGUCUCCACGAGAUGAGAUGUUGCGUAUACCAGAGGAUGAAUUCGGUUAUCUGCAGUCGCUGAAUCCACACCCCUGGAUGUCAUUUGAUUUCUUUAGAGACAUGGUUUCGCCUGAUAUGGACAGAAACAUUCCAGAUGGGCUUUUGGGACAGAAAAAUAUUCAGGAAUUAGAGAAAAAGGAUAUCAUCAUUGACGAUCAACCGUCUUACGCUCAAUAUAUUGAGGAGCGGAAUCCCUCUAUACAGAGCUGGACUAGUUAUUUCAGCAGCAAAAGAGUCUUUGGAAGUGACGGUAAAAUAAAGGAACUACAGAGAAGAGUGGUGCGUGAACCUGACGGCACGGAAGUACACACAACAAUUGAAAAAUCACCCGAUGGAGAAAAAAAGCAUGUGAUUUAUAAGAGACCAGACGGACAGCACCUUAGUAUUACAAACAGUGAUGUACGUAAAGUAUGGGAACUUAGUGCGUUACGCAGUAAUACCAGGUCUCACGUUGGUGUUGAUAAGUACGUGCAUCAAGCAUACGAAGUUGAUUCAGGCUGAUUUCAUGAUGAGUUUUCAGUGAGUAUGUGUUAAAUAUAACAACCCGUGCAGUCCUCGUUAACGUUCUGUUUGAUCUGCUACAUUUCACACUGUAACUGUAUUUUUUGGCGAAAAAAUCAUAACAAAUGUAUAUACCAUAAUUUAUUGUUUGCUACAGAAAAACAGACAACGACCUCAGGUGCUGCACCUGCUAAGAAAUCUAACUCGGAAAAUGGACCUCCUAAGCUACUUAGAGCAUUACGACGCUGGUAUUACGGAGACUAAACAGAAAAAUGUACCAACUUUUAUUUACUUUUAAAAACCAGAAUAAUAUUCAUUCAGAAAAUAUAUUUACUUAAUUUUAUGACUUCUUUAUCGUUGCAGAGGGGAGUAAUUGAGUAACUUUUCUAUCAAGUCAACGUGAGAAAGAAGCAUGCGUCGACAGCAGUAACGCCUUAAACCCAGAGUAUCCAGAGCAUCUCCUUCAGCAUAUUCAGCUUGUAGUAAGCCUAUGUAGCUCUCCCAUUUGUCACCAACUACCUUUCCGCAUGUGAAACAACGUAUAGGGAUUAUCAUUGUCAGUUAUAUC